AUGAUAUUCCUCUACCUGGACGAUUGGUUGAUCGUAGGCAGGUCCAAAGAAGAAGUUCGACAGUCCUUAGAGGUAACCGUCGACUUGACGACAAGGUUAGGUUUUCUAAUAAACUUGGAAAAGUCUCAUCUGGUCCCCACCCAGACACCGUCUUUUCUGGGGGCAGAAAUCGACCUGGUAACAGGGAUCGCUUACCCUUCGAGCGAAAGGGUACGCAAUGUCCAGGAGUGCGCCACACUGUUCCUGACGGCUCAAUCAGCACCAGCGGUGGCCUGGCUACGACUGCUGGGCCUAAUGGCCAGUCUGGUCGAUCUAGUCCCAUGGUGUCGCCUGAGGAUGCGACCAAUUCAAAUGCAUCUUUUGGCUCAUUUUCGACCCAGUCAACAUCCUUUGUCAAGGAACAUACCAAUACUGAAGCCAAUCAUCCCCCACAUUCAUUGGUGGACAAUUUGGAGCAACCUGAGUCAAGGUUUGCCUUUUCCUCCUCCACUUCCCACGGUGACUCUUACGACAGAUGCAUCCAACAUGGGAUGGGGUGCGCAUCUACAGUCACAGCAAGUGUCGGGUCUUUGGACGCCAGACGAACUGGUUUUCCACAUCAAUGUUCUGGAACUCCUUGCAGUUCGCAGAGCCUUAUCUCAGCUCAUCAGCCUAGUCAAACAGAAGGUUGUAAUGGUGCAGUCCGACAACUCAACUGUAGUGGCCUACAUAAAUCGCCAAGGAGGAACACGUUCCCCCCAGUUGUGCUUCCAGACUUGGAAGCUACUCCUUUGGUGCAUAGAUCACAACGUAACUCUUGUGGCAUGUCACAUACCAGGCGAGUUGAAUGUCACUGCAGACGCGCUGUCCAGAGGAAAGAUCCUUCCAACAGAAUGGCAACUACACCCAAAAGUUGUCCAAACACUGUUCAAUCUAAUGGAUCGUCCCAACAUAGAUCUAUUCGCGUCACCAAUGAACAACCAAUUACCGGUAUACUGCACUCGAGUCAUGGAUCCAAAAGCCUGGGCAGUCAAUGCCUUAACAAUCGACUGGACAGACAUGUACGCAUAUGCAUACCCACCGAUCUCGAUUCUCUCGAGGGUACUGCACAAGAUCCGGGAGGAACCCUGCAAGGUGAUGCUCAUAGCUCCAUUUUGGCCUCGCCAAACCUGGUUCCAAACGAUGAUCAGGUUGCUGGUUCAUCAGCCCAUCAUCCUCCCGCAGAGACCAGAUAUAUUGAAACAGCCCCGGUCCAAGUUGAACCACCCGGAUCCGGAGCCACUACGCCUGACUUGCUGGCUAUUGUCCAGCAUUCCAUGCGAACAGCAGGCCUUUCUGAGGAAGCUGCCGCCUUGGCAGCCUGUGGCCGGAGAUCGUCUACAAGGAAGACAUAUAAUAGCCGACUCCGACAUUUUUUUAAGUGGUGCGACGGGAGGGACGUGGAUCCCCUCUCUGCAUCUGUAA